UGCAACUCCGGGCUGGUUGACAUUUGCCCAGAAGCAUCGGAACGCGGAACGCUCCCACAGUCGCCGGAGCUGUUCGAGAAUCUCACCCCGAAAUCUGCAAUCAGAACCCGGGGAGGAAGAACCGGACAGCCCGCGGGUCGGGAGCAGAACGCAGGGACGGGACUGCAAGCAUUUACAGCAGGGAGCGGGGCGAGUUUGCACCGCACACAGCCCGGACUCAGCCUCAGACAGGCGGAGAGCUGCCGAGCUGUCAGGAUCGGACAGGCAGUCUUUACACGGGAGCUCCGGACAAGCCGUGCUGUGCAAACAGCAGCCACACGGCUGAAACAAAAACACCGCCGAGGAGGGUGGAGAGGGGCUGGGCACGCAGGGGAUCGAGCCCCGGGGGAAAAGCGAUCGCCAGCAAAUACCUGGAGAUCCAAACCGCUAUUGACCUGAAUGUGGAGUUCCAAUUCCGCAGGGACUUCUUCUCUCCCAGGAUGCCGCUGGCGUUUCUGUUACUACUGUCGCUGCUGCUGGUGGCUGUUUUCAUCAUUCUCAGGUGGUUUCUGUGUCGGCUGGCUGUCCGAUUCUUUCAGAGCAAGCUGAAGGCAGAUCUGCAGAUUGGGUCGCUGGGUCUCUUCUCCCUUCACAGGAUCAGCGUCAAGUUCCAGCAGCAGCAGACUCUGGAAAUUGACAAGAUAUGGAUUUCCAAUAAACUCUUUAAUCAAGAAUUGCCUCGCUACUUCGCACUCUGCGUGGGGGAGAUGCGCGUGCGUGCCGACCUGCAGCAGGGGCUGUGUCUGCAGGAAGCGCCACUAUCCACAGAGGAGGCAGGCUGCCAUCAGGGUCCUGGGACGCUGUCAGGAAGCAGCCCCAUGCUGAGAAUCCUGUCCCAGUGGUUCUCUCUUCAUGUUCACUCCAUCAACGUCAUGGUGCUGAACCUCUGUGUACCAGAGUCUCUUUGGCACAUGACAGUGAGCUCCAUCGCACUGCUGCUGGACCACGAUGGAAAGAGGCUGGGUUGUGAGUUCUCUGUCAGCCAGCUAAGCAGUAAAGUACUGAAAAGCAGCCAGCUGCAGGACUCAUGCCUGGCGGAGGUGUCCCUGAGCCUGGCCCUGGCUGCAGAGCUGAGCGUUCCCAAGGUGCGUCCCGUCUCCCUGGACCUCUCUGUGCGGACUCUGCAGGCAGAGCUCCACGAGGGCUUCUUCCAGAGCGAGCUGCUCCACGCGCUGACCAGCACAGAGAGGACUGACCUGCAGAACCAGAACCAGCGCCCGAGCCAGGACGAAACGGAAAACGAUUUUCACGCGCACGCGGCUGCUUUACGAAAGUUUCACCGCUACGUCCCGCAGAAGGUGAACGUGGAGCUGGAGAACACCAACGUGACUCUGUCCAUGAACAGUCAGAAGAGGCACCUGAACUGGACUCUGAAGUCGCUGUCUCUUCGUUACGGGCGGGAGGAAGAGCAGCUUCCACUGAAAGGGUUCACUCCCGAGAUCAGCCUGCCGCAGACCAGCAUGGAGCUUCUGGUGGAAGAGGGAUUGCUGCUGUCUCAGAGCCGGCAGAGGAUCCUUUGUCUGAAUUCCUUCAAAGCAGCACUGCAGACGACCUCACUGGAUGUGUCUGGAUCGGUCACUGUGAACACCUGCAUCAUUCACUACCGGCAUCAGGAGUUCUCUCAUUGGCUGAACUUGUUCCCAUGGAAACAGCUACACAAAAAGCCUGCUCAGAGGAAGAGGAGCAGCGUGUCUGAAUUCCUUUUGGCUCCGCCGAGCAGGAACUUUCCCAGGCUGGACGCUCCCAUCAUGGUUAAGACCUCCAUCUCCAAUGUAAAUGUGUCUGUGCAGCUGGGCGACACGCCACCGUUUGCAGUAGGGUUCAUCUCUGCUUCUGCAGACCUGCAGCACCUCAUGGACAUCUCCACUGACGUCCAGCAUCUGAAGACCCAGAGCCUGCACCAGCGAGCCACGCUGUCCGUGGAUCACUUCUGGUGGCGCGUGGGGGACGGCUCGCACAUCCAGCAGACCCCCCACCCCCCUGGGAAGCACGUCUGGGGGGAGGCGCUCAUUCUGGACUCCCUCAGCCUUCAGGGACACUGCAACAAGCCCCAGCAGGAGUCGGCCAGCCAUCCCAAGACUGUGUUCCUGGACUCCAGCGUGAGAGGGCUGCAGGUGGAGGUGUCUGAGACCUGCACACAGUGCCUGUCCCGCGUCCUGUCCCUGCUGUCCCUGGACCCUGACCAGAGCUCACCGGGGCACCCCUAUCCUGAGCCGGCCCCCCUGUGUGAGGAGAACUCGGCCCCCGAGCUGCCCGGUCACCCCCCGGUCCUGUGGAAGCUGGAUCUCAACCUGGAGGACGUCAACGUGUUUGCGCUGUCUAACAUUGCAGGUGCCUCUGCCCUGCGGGUCGAUGUGGUCACGGCCCUGUGCAGUGUAGAGAACUCAAAGGUGUCUGUGCGGGGGCUGUCCCUGGCUCUGGUGAAGACCCUGGCGGAGAACAUCCAGCCGUGCUGCAAAGCCUCCGACAGCGCGGCCCCCAUCGUGAGCCUGGCCUCCCUGACUGUGUCGUUCCACACCAGCACCUGGGCUCUGGAGAUCCAGUGCGAUCAGGAGCUGGCUGUGCAGUGGACCCCAGGAGACCACAUGUUCCUCUACCAGCACUUCCUGGAGACGCUGCACUGCGGGGAGGCCUUGGCCAGCACUGUGGGGAGAAGGCGCAGGGCUGCGCUGGGUGACCAGGACCGCGACCAAGCUGACCAGGAGAAUGCAGCCCUCGCAACUGACCGGGUGGAUCAGCCGCCAACGCUGACCCCUAAGGAGGUUCGUGCAGCAGCAACCAGAAAAAAAAUCCUAAGCAUCUACCUGGAGCUGAAAUCCACCAGGCUGACUGCCUUCGUUACGGAGAAGAACUUCAUCAGCCUGCAGCUGGACAGCCUGUCCCUGGCGCGCCACGGCAGCAGCGUGGAGGCGCGGACCCCCCAGUUGGUCCUGAACUUGGAUGGCAACAACAUCUUCACCUUCAAGGGGGCAGAGGUCCGGAUGGCGUCUGAGCUGGAGGAGAUGAUGCUGCACCGGGAUCAGUUCCCAAGCCUGCUGACACAGAAGAACAGCGUCUGGGUGUUCACCUUCCCCGUCCUGUCCGUGGAGUUCCCUUACCUGUACGACUUCUCCAGCACCAUGGACGAGGCAAUCAACGUCCAGAAGUGGCUGAAAAGCCUCCACCGUAAGCCCAGGGAGGGACCAGAACCUCUGCCCCCGGACCUGGUGUUCAGGGUCAGCCAGUUCUCCUUUGUGUUCCUGGACGACGUCUUCGAGAUCAAGCUGCGGGACAAUUACGAGCUGAUGAAGGACGAAAGCAAGGAGAGCGCCAAGCGGCUGCAGCUGCUGGACAAGAAGGUGUCGGACCUGCGCAAGCAGCACGGUGAGCUCCUGCCGGCCCGCAAGAUUGAGGAGCUCUACACCUCUCUGGAGAGGAAGAACAUCGAGAUCUACAUCCAGCGCUCGCGCCGGCUCUACAGCAACACGCCCAUGAGGAAGUCCCUGCUCACCUGGACCGUGUCCGACCUGGAGGUGGUGGCACUGGCUGACCGCUCCUUCCACGGGCCAGAGCGGGUCAAGGAGCAGAUGAAAGACAUCGACCCCAUCAGCCCCCUCCCCCGGGACAGCCUGCCCCUGGUCAUCCAGUGGUGCCGGGUGGUCAAGUUCAGCAUGACCGCUUUCCUGGUGCGGAUCCGGGACUAUCCUCGCUACCUCUUCGAGAUCCGGGACUGGACCCUGUCCGGCCGGCUGAUCGGGACGGAGCAGGACGGGCAACCACGGGCGCGGCGCAGGCAGAGGGUCCAGCUGGGGCAGCCCUGGGGGGAGGUGGUCGUGGAGAGGAACAUGCCCCCGCUCAAAUUCUACCACGACUUCCACUCUGAAAUCUCCCUGUACACCAUCGUGUGGGGCCCCUGCUGGGACCCGGCCUGGACUCUCAUUGGCCAGGCUGUGGACCUGCUGACCAAGCCCACAGUGGACCCCAGCCCCCCGCUGGCCUGGUGGGACAAGAGCAGGCUGCUGUUCCACGGGCGCUGGGUUAUGGACAUCGACCAGGCCAACCUGCACCAACUCGCCACAGAGGACCCGUACAACACCACAGAGAACAUGCACUGGGAGUGGAGCAAGCUGAACUACACCUGGAACCCGGGGCAGUUCCUGUUCAAAGGAGACCUGGAUGUCAACGUCAGGACCGCUUCCAAGUACGAUGACUGCUGCUUCCUGCACAUGCCCAGCCUGUGCAUGACCCUGGACCUGCAGUGGCUGUGCCACGGGAACCCCCACGAUCACCACGCCGUGACCCUGUGCUCUCCGGGGUUCACCGCCGAGGUCACCUCGGGUCAGCCCCACGACUCCUACCGGGCCUUCCGCUCCGAGAACCUCAACCUGUCCGUGACCAUGGACCUCAGCCAGCACCGGGAAGAGCUGUCCCAGCCCCAGAUCCUGCUCUACAGCUCCACGCUGCGCUGGAUGCAGAACUUCUGGGCCACCUGGACGAGCGUGUCACGGCCCAUCUGCCGAGGGAAGCUGUUCCAGAACCUCAAACCGAGCCGCAAGAAGCUGGGCCAGCACUACAAGCAGCUGUCCUACACGGCAGCCUUCCCACAGCUACAGGUUCAUUACUGGGCGUCCUUUGCACAGCAGCGUGGGAUACAGGUGGAGUGCAGCAAGGGGCACGUCUUCACGCGAGGAACGCAGAGACUCAUCCCUCAGGCUGGCACGGUGAUGCGCCGCCUGAUCUCUGAGUGGAACGUCACUCAGAUGGUCAGCGACCUGAGCCAGGUGACCGUGCACCUCAUGGCCUCCACCUGGGACGAGAACGCUGACCACCAGCUCAACGCACAGGUCAACAAGACCCACCUGCUGAGCCUGUCCUCGCUGAGCUACCAGCGCCACAGCAACCGCAUGGAGGAGGAGAUGAAGGAGGACGGAAAUGGCUUCUACACCCACAAGCUGUGCCUGGUGGACCUGCGUGCCUCCUGGACCACCCCCAACCGCAACAUCGCCUUCGGUCUGUACGACGGCUACAAGAAGGCCGCGGUGCUCAAGAGGAACCUGUCCACCGAGGCGCUCAAGGGGUUAAGGAUCGACACAGAGGUCCAGGCCAAGAAACUGAAGCGCACGCUGUCCAGCUACUGCCCCACACCCACCGCAACUGCCCCGGCACCCCCUGGGAGAACGGAGAAGAGCAUGGAAGGCACCUCCAUGCUGCAGAAGCUGAUAGAGGAGACCGAUAAGUUUGUUGUGUUCACGGAGGAGGACUCUGGCGUGAGUGACCAGCUGUGUGGCAUCGCAGCCUGCCAGACCGAUGACGUGUACAACCGCGACUGGUUCAUCGAGCUGGUCAACUGUCAGAUGAUGCUGCGUGGCACAGAGACGGCUGGCUGUGUGCUGGUAUCGGCUGCCAAGGCUCAGCUGCUGCAAUGCCAGCACCAUCCUGCCUGGUACAGCGACACGCUCAAGCAGAAGAGCUCCUGGACCUGCCUCCUCGACGGCAUGCAGUACUUCGCCACCAUGGAGCCCAACCCCUCCGAGCAGGAGGACUGGCAGCUCUGGCUGGAGGUGAAAAACAUUGAGGAGCACCGGCAGCGACACCUGGACUCCGUGCUGGAGCUGAUGGAGAGCGGGCAGGCGGUCGGGGGCAUGGUCAGCACCACCACGGACUGGAACCAGCCGGCCCAGGUAGCGCAGACCCCGCAGGUCCAGCGCAUCAUCUCACGCUGCAGCUGCCGCAUGUACUACAUCGGCUACAGUCACGACAUCGACCCCGAGCUCGCCACGCAGAUCAAACCCCCCCAGACAGGGGACGAGCACGAGAAGGAGGACCUGCUCAAGAAACAGGACGGAGCGGUCGAUACCUUUACUCUUAUCCACCACGACCUGGAGAUUUCAACCAAUCCAGUGCAGUACGCCAUGAUCCUUGACAUCGUCAACAACCUCCUGCUGCACGUGGAGCCCAAGCGCAAGGAGCACAGUGAGAAGAAGCAGCGGGUCCGCUUCCAGCUGGAGAUCUCCAGCAACCCGGAGGAGCAGCGCAGUAGCAUCCUCCACCUGCAGGAGGCAGUGCGGCAGCACGUGGCACAGAUACGCAGGCUGGAGAAGCAGAUCUACUCCAACAUGAGGUCCCUGCAGGAUGAGAGCAGGAACGAAGAGCUCUCGGAUAUAAACCUGAAACUGCAGAAUCAGCUGAACCAGGAGAAGACAGACAUGCAGAUGAAGAGCGAGGAGCUCAACAUACUCAUCAGGUGCUUUAAAGACUUCCAGCUGCAGAGAGCCAACAAGCUGGAGCUGCGGAAGCAGCAGGAGGACGUGAGCGUGGCGCGCCGCACGGAGAUCUACUUCGCCCAGGCGCGCUGGCGGCUCACGGAGGAGGACGGGCAGCUGGGCAUCGCCGAGCUGGAGCUGCAGAGGUUCAUGUACAGCAAGCUGAACAAGUCGGACGACACAGCAGAGCACCUGUUGGAGCUGGGCUGGUUCACCAUGAAUAACCUGCUCCCCAACGCCUCCUACAAGGUGGUGCUGAGGCCUCAGAGCCCCUGUCAAUCCGGACGGCAGCUGGCUUUGCGCAUCUUCAGCAAAGUGCGCCCCCCAGUGGGGGGGAUCUCUGUCAAGGAGCACUUCGAGGUGAACAUGGUGCCUCUCACCAUCCAGCUGAUGUACCAGUUCUUCAAGAGGAUGAUGGGGUUCUUCUUCCCCGGGCGCAACGUCGAUGAAGAGGAAGUGGGGGACGAGGAGGACAAGUCCAAACUCGUCACCACUGGGGUGAAGCCGCGGCAGCUGAUCAGCACGGAGGACACGGUCGGCUCGCUGGGGCCCAGCAAAGGGGUCACCCAGGGGUUAAACCGGACUGCCGGGGUCAGGAGGUCGUUCCGCAAGCCCCCCGAGCACCCUGUAGACGAUAUCGACAAGAUGAAGGAGAGAGCCGCCAUGAACAACUCCUUCAUCUACAUCAAGAUCCCGCAGGUCCCACUCUGCGUCAGCUACAAGGGGGAGAAGAGCAGCGUGGACUGGAGGGAUCUGAACCUGGUGCUGCCCUGUCUGGAGUAUCACAACAACACCUGGACCUGGCUGGACUUCGCCAUGGCGGUGAAGAGAGACAGCCGCAAAGCACUUGUCGCCCAGGUGAUUAAAGAGAAGCUGAGGCUGAAGCCGGCGUCCGGAUCAGACACAAAGGGCAAGGCAUCCGACAGCAAGACCGACACCAACCUACAGCAGCAGGAAGAGGACGAGAAGGCGAGGCUGCUGAUCGGGCUGAGCUCCUCGGACAAGACCUCCGGCAAGAAGUCCAUCUUCAGCCGGCGGAAGUGAAAAGCAAAAUCAAACAAUAAAUAAAUGAACUUGGGAGUGAUAGAGGAAGGGAGAAGAACGGAGAGACUGUUUUGACCCAGCCGGCUCUGGAAUCUCUUCCUGAUACCUCCGAACCGUGCGUCAGGAAUAACGUGUGUGUCGCACUGCACUGCACUGGAGCUGGGGCGCCCGGUCACUCGUGUGCACAACUAGUGCAGCGGGAGGAGGCGUGUCAGAGCAGCUGCUGUUAAAACUACUGUAUGCCAGAAUCGGUUGACAGAUAACACUGGAAUCACAUUCCUGUCGAGGGAGGGGUAGGGGGGUAGAGGACUCUAAACCUCCUGUACUCGGGCUGCCUGUCCUGCUUCUGUUGGGUUAUAAAUAUAAAGCCAGAUCUGCUCAUUUCAGUAAUGUGAGCUGAAAUGGCAAUGCCUAGAGUCAUGCACAGAUAAUAUUAUAAGCACCUGGGUUUGUGCCCUUGUAGUAAUAAUAAUAAAAGAUUCAAAUAAUA